GUUUGAAACCAUAUCUGUAUUUCAUUUGUCGUUUGAUUUCCGUUGCACUCCGUCGAGUUAAAAGAAAUUUGUGACAACUCAAACGUUCACUGUACUUACGUUAACCUGUUGCCGUUUACAGCGUCGUUGGGAAUUGUAGUUCUUUACCGAAAACGGAAACGUUUCAUGCCUCCGUCAUCAUUAGUCGGCCAUGCAGUAGCGACUAGCAACAUCUCGCAACAGAGAAAGCUUGGUAUGGCGCAGGUGAGGACAGAGGACAACUUAGUUGAGGAGUACCUGGCCCAGAACCGAGAGGUUGCCCAGUGGGUCGACACGUUAAGGGGCUACUGUGAGAACAACAAACAGUGGUUGGCUCGCAGAGAGUUCAUCCUGAAAAACAUGGAUGCAUACCCUACAGUGCAACCAGGAGUCUCCAACAGCAGUCUGGACAGGCUGCUGUCCCUCUCCAUGGUCUGGGCUAACCAUGUUUUCCUCGGCUGCAGCUAUCCAGAGGCUGUGAUGGACAAGAUCAAGGAGAUGGGUGAAGGAAUAAUUGUUCAAGAUGCUCCAGUUCAUAAAACAACACGCAAAGAAAAGUGCAGCGCCGAAUUAGGAGCUCCCGAUGACAGCUGUGGAAAAAGAAACCGAUACGCUCCUAAUGAGCCCGACAGUCGACCAGCCGGGAAAACAUCCGCUCGACCGAUGAGUCAGAAAUCGGGGCCGGCUCUGCAGGCUCCAGCAGAGCACCAGCCUUUCUUCAACCGCCUCUACAAGGCCGUGGCCUGGAAGUUGGUGUCGGCGGGGGGGUUCGGCCCCAACCUGGACCAUUUCGAAAUACUUGGUAGCUGCGUGGAGUCAUGCAAGCGGACCCUGACGUGCGUCUUCGUGCCACUCAAGGACAUCACCGGCCUCCCUGCAGGUCGCACACAGAAGGAAGGCCACGUGUGUGAAAUUCGCUGUCAGACUGUCUACAUGGGCACAGGCUACGGGCGUGAUGAAGCUGCUGCCAGAGCCAUGGCUUCCAAAGAGGCCUUGAAAGUGUUUCAAGGGAGGAAAGUGACAGUAAAGAUCGGCAGACGGCGGUACAAAGGGAGGGAUGUGGAGGAUUUAAUGUUGCUGGAUGAGCAGCCUCGGAGUCAGGGCUUCCCCCCCGCGCUCAGCUACCCUUUUCAGGACGAGUGUGCGGGGGAUGCUUCUUUGUAGCUCGGACCAUUUUGGGAUGUCGAACCUGCUGGAAUGGAACAUUAGCAUUUAGUGAAUGGCGCACUGAAGAAAGACACAUUGGUUUGGGGACCACACCCACGUGCAGCUUCAUAUCUCACAUAAACUUGGAUCUCAUUGUACAAUUACAAUGAAUUUAUAUCAUCAAGAGCAGCCCAGUUCACGUUUUACAAAUAUUUUAUGCACUUUUUGGAGCCAGGCGCAGAUCACGCGUUGAGAGCCCUCCUCUCCUCAAGUUACCAACUUGCUUUCUUGUGAUAAGGAGCCUUUCUCACAGUAGCAGCUUUACAACUAACAAAUAUUUAUGUUCUGAAAAUUAUAAAAUUAAUUGUAUGGUCCAUGGUAUUCCUAGCCCCCCCCCCAAUCUAUGUUUUAUUUAUAUAUAAAAAACCAUCAGGCUGCAGUGAAAUGCAAGUGUUGACCUGGUCAGUUUCGACUUCUUCUCAUAGCACACCAAGCACAAUGUCUUCCUGGCCAAGUUUGCUUUAAAAAUGACUCAAAAAAGGAUUAUGACUAAUCACGAUAGUUGGACCUUUUCCUCCUUUCUGUAAGGUAAUUGUAACUUGUUGGUCUGCAUUGAAGUUUGACUGUUAGAUAUCUGACAUCAAAAUUUGCAUCACACACUACUCAUGGUUUUAUUUCAUGGGUUUGAACUUAUUUUAAGCAUAUGAAUUUGCUCAGAUUCUUGAAAGUACGCCACACACACUGUUUGUAUGGUGUACCCUCAUACGUAUUGCUUGCUCAUCAUUAUUGUAAUUCUGCAAAGACUUGUUUCAAUUUGAUUGUUAGUUGAGUCAGAAUGUGAAGGUUAAAUGCUCUGCUGUGUGACGUUUGUGUUUGUGCAGUCUGGAAUGAAAUUGAACCACAGCAGUUCUGUGUUACUGUAAGUUUACAGCAGAGCUUUAUUCCUCGUUUUCAUUUUGAAUUAAAGUUGCAAACUCAA